ACCCCAGGACAGCAAGAUGCCUGGUGAACAGCAAGCCGAUGAAGAGGAGGAGGAGGAGAUGCAGGAAGAGAUGGUGCUGCUGGUGAAGGGUGAGGAAGAUGAGGGUGAGGAGAAAUAUGAGGUGGUGAAACUUAAGAUUCCCAUGGACAGCAAGGAGGUCCCGAGCGAGGCGCCCGCGCCAUCUGCCGACCCGGCACGCCCACACGCGUGCUCGGAUUGCGGCCGCGCAUUCGCGCGCCGCUCUACGCUGGCCAAGCACACACGCACGCACACGGGCGAACGGCCUUUCGUGUGCACCGAGUGCGGCCGUCGCUUCUCGCAGAAGUCGGCGCUGACUAAACAUGGCCGCACACACACGGGCGAACGGCCCUACGAGUGCCCCGAGUGCGACAAGCGCUUCUCGGCGGCCUCAAACCUGCGGCAACACCGGCGGCGCCACACCGGCGAGAAGCCGUACGCAUGCGCGCACUGCGGUCGCCGCUUCGCGCAGAGCUCCAACUACGCACAGCAUCUGCGCGUGCACACGGGCGAGAAGCCGUACGCGUGCCCGGACUGCGGGCGCGCCUUCGGCGGCAGUUCGUGCCUGGCGCGCCACCGACGCACGCACACGGGCGAGCGGCCGUACGCAUGCGCCGACUGCGGCACGCGCUUUGCGCAGAGCUCUGCGCUGGCCAAGCACAAGCGGGUGCACACGGGCGAGAAACCGCACCGCUGCUCCGUGUGCGGUCGCGGCUUCGGCCACCGUUCCAACUUGGCGGAGCAUGCGCGCACGCAUACGGGCGAGCGGCCCUACCCGUGCUCCGAGUGCGGCCGGCGUUUCCGCCUCAGCUCGCACUUCAUCCGGCACCGGCGCGCGCACAUGCGGCGCCGCUUGUUUAUCUGCGCCGGGUGCGGCCGGGACUUCAAGCUACCCGCUGGCGCCACGGCGGCUAAUGCCACAGAGCGCUGUCCCGAAUGCGAAGGCAGCUGAGCAGCCGUCCCUGUUGCUUCAGGGCUGCAAGCGUUUGGCUGGGGUGGGGCACGCUGGGGCCUCGACCUGGAGGCUGCAUUAACUUGGACAAUCCUCUGUAGCACCAGGGGCUUGGGAAAGCCGGCCUGGCUGCCUUGGAAUUGAGGGAGGGAGAAUCCCCGACGGGGCUCCUGGGAACUACCCACCUCCCUUUCACUACAACCCCUCGGCCGUGUUAGUGAAUAAAGUAUUAUAUCCUCA